AUGCCGACGGCCUACCCACUACCAUCGGACUUGCCGUCUUCGACGGUCAAGAACACAGCGUCAUUGCUGCGCAUAGUUGCUCUCUCACUCAUCUCUGGUGCUGCCAUCGCCUCUCGUUUAUUCGCAGUUAUCAACUUUGAAAGCAUUAUCCAUGAAUUUGAUCCAUGGUUCAAUUAUCGAGCAACGAGAGUUUUGGCGGCAAAGGGGUUCUAUGAAUUCUGGAAUUGGUUCGACCCCACGGCCUGGUACCCACUCGGUCGUGUCGUCGGAGGAACCGUGUACCCUGGUCUAAUGGCCACCAGCGGCGUAAUUUACAACUUUCUUCACGCUAUCAAUCUUCCGGUGGAUAUCAAAAAUGUUUGCGUGUUGCUCGCACCUGGGUUUAGCGCGUUGACGGCUUGGGCGACAUAUAUGUUCACGAAGGAGAUGAAAGACGAGAGCGCUGGUCUCCUUGCUGCUGCCUUCAUUGGCAUCGUUCCUGGCUAUAUUUCCCGCUCCGUGGCAGGCUCCUACGAUAAUGAGGCUAUCGCCAUUUUCCUCCUUAUGUUCACCUUCUUCUGCUGGAUUAAGGCCCUGAAGCAAGGAAGCGCGCUGUUCGGAACUAUCGCUGCAGUCUUUUACUUCUACAUGGUGGCUGCAUGGGGUGGUUACGUUUUCAUCACCAACAUGAUUCCUCUUCAUGCUCUCGUUCUGAUCCUCAUGGGCCGAUUCUCUGACCGCCUUUACGUUGCGUACUCUUCCUGGUAUGCCAUCGGUACCCUUGCCAGUAUGCAAGUACCUUUCGUUGGUUUCCAGCCCGUUAGCACUAGCGAACAUAUGGGAGCAUUGGGUGUAUUUGGCCUGCUUCAAAUUGUUGCAUUCGCCCAACUCGUGAGAACGCAUGUCUCGUCACAGCAAUUCCAAAAACUCCUUCAAGGCGGUGUUGUCGGGAUUGGCCUCCUGGGUUUUUUCGCCUUCGUGUUUUUGACAUACAAAGGCAAGAUUGCCCCAUGGACCGGUCGUUUCUACUCCCUCUGGGAUACAGGCUACGCGAAGAAGUACAUCCCAAUCAUCGCAUCUGUCUCUGAGCAUCAGCCGACUGCCUGGCCCUCGUUCUUCAUGGACCUGCAAUUCCUGAUAUUCUUGUUCCCGGCUGGUGUCAUUCUGUGCUUCCGCGAGUUGCGCGACGAGCACCUCUUCGUGAUUAUCUACGCCGUGAUGGCCAGCUACUUUGCCGGCGUCAUGGUCCGUCUCAUGCUUACCCUCACUCCUGUCGUCUGCGUCGCAUCGGCCGUCACUCUUUCCACCCUGCUCGACACGUACAUUGACCCCACCGAGCCAAAUGCACCCGUGGAUGACGCCAAGAGCGAGAGUGAUGCAGCCUCGGUCGCAGGGAACGGUGCGUCGACGUCGGCACCUGCGCAACAGCAGAGCAAGAAGGCAAAGAAGGCUGCUGCUGCUGCUGCCAUUGCUUCUUCUCCGAAAAGCCCUCUCGAGGAGUUGGUGUUUGCCACAAUUCCACAAGCAAGUGGCAAGGCCUCCGCAGAGAAGGGAAUUUUCGGACUCGACGCACGCCUCCUCGUCAUUCUCAACACCCUCGGCAUGCUCAUUUUCUUCGUCUUCCACUGUACCUGGGUCACCUCCAACGCGUACUCGUCGCCCUCCGUUGUGUUGGCAUCGUCAAACCCCGAUGGUUCGCAGCACAUUAUUGAUGACUUCCGCGAGGCAUAUUAUUGGCUCAGGCAGAAUACGCCUGAGGAUGCGGUGGUUAUGAGCUGGUGGGAUUACGGGUACCAGAUCGCUGGUAUGGCCGACCGCCCGACGCUCGUGGAUAACAAUACGUGGAACAACACCCACAUCGCCACCGUCGGCAAGGCCAUGUCUAGCUCCGAGGAAGUCGCCUACCCCAUCCUGCGCAAGCACGACGUCGACUACGUGCUUGUUAUCUUCGGCGGCCUGAUCGGGUACUCCGGGGACGACAUCAACAAGUUCCUGUGGAUGGUCCGCAUUGCUCAGGGCGUCUGGCCCGAUGAAAUUCAGGAGCCGAACUACUUCACGCCGAAUGGCGAGUACAGGAUCGAUGAUAGAGCAUCGCAGACGAUGAAGGAUAGCUUAAUGUAUAAGAUGUCGUACUACCGAUUUAACGAACUCUUUGGCGGAGGCCAAGGCCAAGAUCGUGUCCGCCAACAGCAGCUUCCUAAAGUCGGCCCGACGCUCGAUUACCUCGAUGAAGCAUUCACUUCAGAAAACUGGAUUGUCCGCAUCUACCAAGUAAAGAAAGAAGACUCUCUUGGCCGAGACCUCAAAAGCGCAAAUGCGUUCGCGCAAGGGAAGAAGAGAAGACGGAGCAAGCCUGCACCGAGGAGGAGGGCCAUCGUGUAA